AGUACACCAACAAACACCCGACCCAGCUCUGAAUCAGUGGAUACUUGUUUUUUUUGUUUUUGUUUUUCAGUCUCGCUUUCAUUGUUUAGAUUAUGUUGAGUGGAUUUAUUUGCAUUGCAGCUUUGACUGUAUCAGAACCAGAAUGUUUCUUUUUUCUUUUUGACUUUUGUUUCAGAGAACAUCCUCUUUUGGGACUUCAGAAUAAAGAUGUUUUGAAAAAGUUUAGGAAAUCAUCCAUGAUUUGGAAGUAGGUCCCCCUUUUUUGUAGACUGAUAAUGGAGUUCAUUCCCUUUUUWUUCAUGUAGAUGUAGAUUUUUUUUUCAUUGUAGAAAUGUGUUGUAGGGCACCAUUUUUUUUGUUUGCCCUAUGCCCCCUCCUCCUUUUCCCCACCUUUAGCCUACUACCACCAUAAAUCACAUCCUGUCCAAACUGUUUUCCCCAGUUGGCUGACGCAGAUGAUCUGUUAAAAGCUACUCAACGCUCUCAGUGACUUUUGUGGCUUGACURUAGGCUGUUUCCCUCUCUCACACCAACUGGCCUAGCCGAUCUGAGCUGAUGGGCGGCUACCACGCGUACACAGACGUAAAGAGCUGCCAGGACGUGGUGCACCUCUACCACCUGCUGUGGUCUGCCACCAUCCUCAACAUCGUGGCCCUCUUUCUGGGCAUCAUUACUGCUGCUGUGCUGGGGGGCUUUAAAGACAUGAUACCCUCUCCGGCCUCAGAAACAUCUGAACCAGAGGCUGUAGUCGCUCCGGUCCGCUCAGAGCCCCCUCCACCCAGCACUUCCCUCAACUCGUACCACAACGCUGCCCCCUGCCUGCCGCCUUACACCGCCUACGACCUGCAGGGCUCCUACAUGUUCCCUGAUUCCUCAGGCUUGUCAGAUGACUCCCAGUCAGGAGCCAGUCACCUUUGGCCCACGAUGAUCCCUCCUCGCUACUCCCCUCCUCACGAGCACCCAGAUGAGAAGCCCCCGCCGUACAGCCCGUAAGAAACAAGCAAACACCUGGGACGUGUUCGGGCGUUGCGAGGCGCUGGAGCGGCGCRCUCGGUCUCUCCUUCACAAUCGUUCGGAACGGCGUCGAAGAAAAGUAGGUGAGGAAGAGGAUGGCUACGGGGCAGGGCAGCUUGGAGUGUUUCCUGGGCGUCGCGCUCACUCCUGUCUGCUGUGUGUGUGAACGAUGUCAUCAGGAGAGACACGACCUGCUCCGUGUCGGGACUGUUUACACAUCUACCUGCCUUAAUGCAUCACUCUGUUCGGUUCACAAACUMCCCUCCUGCGCAGACUUUAGGUUCACCUGUCGUUAACAAAAACUGUAAAUGUUCCCAAGUGGAACAGAAGACACUUUCCUCACUGUGAAUAUGUGAACUCUUAGACUCACCAGUCCUGCCUGAUGUUAGAUAAAAGCUCCGGUGUUUUCACCGAGGGCUGGGCGAUUAAAAACAAUGAAAUAUUGCAAUAAACAUGYGAUCAGUAUUAAUAGAAAAUACAAAUAUUGCACGGCAUUCUGGGAGACGCAGGCAGAGGAAAGGCUUUAGCUGCUCGACCUCUCGCGGCCCAGCUAAGCAAGGUUGUUGGCAUCAACUYGCUCACUCUUUGGUCAGCUAGCAACAACCUGCUGAGUAACAUGUAGCAGUUUCAUGUGUCGCCUCAUAACGGCUUAAAAAUAAAAAGGAAUGACGUGGAAGGGCAGAAAACAAGACAACAGUUCAAGAGGAAGUUGUGGAUAAAAGGAAAGUCACCAGUUUGGCAGCAUUAAUCAGCCUUUUUUCUCCUGGUCCUUAUUUUACAUAGGUAAAAAAAUAAAAAAAAUAAAAAAUCAGUCAAUAACAAGAGAAUUUACAUUUCCUGUAAAAAAAAAAAUCAGUGUGAGUGCUCAUCACUGAAAGAUUUUUUUUCUAAAUAGCAAAAAAAGCUGAAACUAGCCUAAAAAUAAGUUUAAAAAGCAGCUAAAAUUAGYACGAAGAAUAAAGAGCACGUUUGCUGAAGUAAGCAGUAAGAAGCUGAAAUUAUCACAAAAGUAGGAAUAGCAUAAAAAAGCGGACAUUAGCUAAAAAGUAGCUAAAACACAAAACAAUUGAAAUUAGCAGGAAGUACUUGAAAGUAGCAUAAAAGCUUAAAGCACAAAAAAAGCUUAAAUCAGAAGAAUAGCAGAAAAUGACAAAGAUAGCUACAAAAAAAAGAAAAAAAAAACUGCAAUCAGUAAAAUAGAAGCAGAAGCUCAAAUUAGAACAAAGGAGUUAAAAAAGGCAGAACCAGAACAAAAAGGUAAAAAGUACAAUAAAUAUUUAUAAAUGUUUUAAAUAUUAAAACAGCUUCAUUCAUUUAAAUAAGAAAAAAAUGUCUGAAAAGGCUGAACAUUUCAAAACGUAUAAAUAGAAAGAAGUCAUGGCUGUAAUUUCCUAAAGGAUCUGAACAUGUAGACGUCUUAAUUGUUGAAAUAGCAUGAAAACUGCAGAAUGAGGUACGUGCUGAAAAACAUGCGGUGGAAGAUUUGAUCUCAACAGCGUGAACGCUUAUCGAUAUCGACUGAUGUGAAACGCUUUUAUAUCCUGAUAAAUUUUUCAGACAGAUCGCCCAGCCCUAUUUUCACUGAAUCAUCUCAGCUAAGCCUAAACUUUAGAGUUUACCUCCAAUCAACUGUUAAAUCAGCAGCUAACAGUCACACAAAUAGCUGUAAUGUUGUACAGCAGUAUGUUAUACAAUUACCACAGUAGAGCUAAGGUAUAAACAAGUCAUGGUAUUUAUUAUUCCUUCUGAGGUUAGAGCAGUAGCUGUCUAAAAAAAAAAAAAAAACAGAAAACCUUUGUACCAACAGUAGUUACUGCGAUGUAGUCGACUUUAAAUGCCACUUAUUGAAAAGUGAAAAGCUGGUAGACGUGUUUGUCAGCUGUGAAAUGACUGUAAACUGAGACACAUAGAAGGAAAUAGAAAAUAAAAYUGUAAAAUCUCUUUAAUAUCUAUGAAAACUCUAAUUAGUCACUGCUGAUUAUAACUUCAGCACCACACUCAGGAGCUGUUAGCUUCUUUUUACUUUCUGCUGUUUUGACUCAUGUUGUGUGUUGUUUCUUACGUUGUGGGGGUGGUUGUCAGCUCUCCACUGAUCACUUUCCAGGGGAUGAAACCCACCAUGACAGACGAGCCUUUGAUGUUUAAAAUUUUGACAGAGUGUAAAUUAAAAAAAAAAGAUGGAUUUCCAUUAAAUUGGUAAAUAUGAUGCCUGAUGCUUUGUGUUACAUUUAAAGGUUGACUUAUUUAUUUCCAUUUUUUUUUACUGAUCAGCACUGGCCAAGCCUGAGCGUAACACACUGAUUUAAAGACAGGACGAAACAGUGCUGUGCUGAGAGAAAUAAAAACACCCUUCCUGCAACAA